UCUCUGAGGCGAGGCAGGCGGGCGAGCUGGGGCUCAGCCAGGCGGGCUCCGGAUCCGCUCUGCCGUCCUUCUCGUGUUUCCCUUCCCACCCCGCACCCCUCGGCGGAGCGAUGCUCCUGACGGUCUUCUGCCUGCGGCGCGACCGCUCCGAGCUCACCUUCUCGCUCCAGGUGGACGCCGACUUCGAGCUCCAGAACUUCCGCGCCCUCUGCGAGCUCGAGUCCGGCAUCCCCGCCGCCGAGAGCCAGAUUGUCUACGCAGAGCAGCCCCUGACUGACAACCACCGGUCUCUGGCUUCUUACGGCUUGAAAGACGGCGACGUGGUGAUCCUGCAGCAAGUGGAGAAUGCGGGGGUGCGGCCCCCGGCCCCGUUUCCUGGUUUGCCCAGGAUAGACUUCAGCAGCAUCACUGUUCCUGGGACUUCAGGCCAGCCUCCCCAGCUGCCCUCACUGGCACCCCCAGCGCAGCAGCCCACCUCACAGCCUGGCCUGUCUCCUCCCGAGUUCCCCUCCCCACCGCAGGGCUUGGACAACCCAGCGCUGUUGAGAGACAUGUUGCUGGCCAAUCCCCACGAGCUUUCCCUGCUGAAGGAGCGCAAUCCACCCCUAGCAGAAGCUCUGCUCAGCGGGGACCUGGAGAAGUUUACCCGGGUGCUUGUAGAGCAGCAGCAAGAUCGAGCCCGCCGGGAGCAGGAGAGGAUCCGCCUGUUCUCCGCCGACCCUUUUGAUCUUGAGGCUCAGGCCAAGAUCGAAGAGGACAUUAGGCAGCAGAACAUCGAGGAGAACAUGACGAUCGCCAUGGAGGAGGCCCCGGAGAGCUUUGGCCAGGUGGUGAUGCUCUACAUCAACUGCAAAGUCAACGGCCACCCUGUGAAAGCCUUUGUGGACUCAGGGGCACAGAUGACCAUCAUGAGCCAAGCGUGCGCAGAGAGGUGCAACAUCAUGCGGCUGGUGGACCGGAGGUGGGCAGGCAUCGCCAAAGGCGUGGGGACCCAGAAGAUCAUUGGCAGGGUCCACCUGGCUCAGGUCCAGAUUGAAGGAGAUUUCCUGCCUUGUUCAUUCUCCAUCCUGGAGGAGCAGCCCAUGGAUAUGCUCCUGGGACUGGACAUGCUGAAGAGGCACCAGUGUUCCAUAGACCUCAAGAAGAACGUGCUGGUGAUUGGCACUACGGGGUCCCAGACGACUUUCCUGCCAGAGGGGGAGCUCCCCGAGUGUGCGAGAUUGGCCUACGGGGCGGGGCGAGAGGACGUGCGGCCUGAGGAGAUCGCAGACCAGGAGCUGGCAGAAGCCAUACAGAAAUCCGUCGACGAAGCAGAGAAUAGUGACAAAGAAACUACCUCACUAGAAAUGCCAUCGCUACCAACUUCUGAUGGGACGAAACGUCCAGUCCGUUUUCCAGAGAUGGGUCCGAAGGCCGGCGACCUGGCAAGCCAAUUGCUUGACCGUUCAGUCUCUGCGCCUUCUGUUUUCUCCCCCGAGGGCAGCCAGGGUGAGACUCUUAGCCCCAAGGUGGCCAAGUCCGUGGACUCUCUUCUUGAAAGCCCAACCAAUUUGGAAGGCAAAGAGCCGCUUCCGCCUCCACCAAAUCAUACUGCUUCUGCCAAUUCCGAUGCUUCCCCAGCUGAAAAAACUGGAACGGGAUCCCGUACUCAUUCACAGGAUGCCUCCCGAGAGCCAGUUGCUCACGGCAGCCUGCAGAAGCCCAUUGCUGAAGACGAUCCCCUUGGUCUGGCACCUGCUGUUGGAGGAGGAGGAGAAAGCCACUUGCUGGGCAUUUGUGGGUCGCCAAAGGAUCUGGGUGGACCCUUCCCUUCAGAGCAGCAGGAAGGGAAACAAACACAAAAACUUCAAUUAGACCUCCAGGCACGCGAAACCCUUGGAAAUGAGCAGCCUCUGGGUGAGCAGAAGGAGCCAGAUUACCAGGAGCGUAUCUGCGACAUGGCUGUUUCCCCACCCCCUGCUGAUGGAGAGCAGAGCCCUGACAACGUCCCCAUGGAAGGGGAGGUGGGGUUUUCUGCAGGGGAGGGAAGGAGCUCAGAGACCCCCGCAGUGGGAGCCACCCAGGACCCUUCAGAUCCACAGAGCUCCCUUGGACUGGCUGCUGUGAGCUCAGAAUGUGCCAUGAUGGAGGUGGAAUGGGCCAAGCGAGUUGCCUGCACUUCGGCCACUGAUUUGAUGCAGCCAGGAAGUGCAUUUUUUGAAUCGGAUACACCCGCCGCCCCUUCCAGUGGCCAACUGACCGAUCAGGCGGAAGACCCACACGUCUCCCUCUCCUCUGCCUUAAAGGAGCUUCACCAACUUCUUGCUGUCAGUUGCAAAGGGGAGUUAAGCGUUCCUUGGCAUGAAGACACCAGCCCGUCCGCGUCUGCCCCUGAAGAGCAAACAGCAGGUGGGGGGAUCUUUAAAGAGGAACAUGGAUGUGCACGCCUUGAGAGCCAGGAUGUGGAACUCCCCAUCCCUGAAAGUGCAGGGAUACAAGUGUCCAUGGACCUCCAGGAGGCCCACAGGUUGGCUGUGACAUCCGAACGGGAGGCUCUGGUCAUCCAAGGAUCUUCUACAUUGAGCACUUCCCUCUCCCUGAGCCCAUCGGCAGCUUCUGCUCAGCUUCCGCACUGUGAAUGCUCUGAAAGCCAGCCUCCUCAUUUAGUUCUGGGUGGUGAAACUUUGGAGCAGGGCCAGCUUCUCAGCAUGGGUCAAGAUGCAUCUCUGAGCUCUCAGAGUUCUUUCCCAGAAGAAACUGGACCACCAGACACCUUAAAUGCAGGUGCUUUGGGGCCACUCGAUGAGCCAACUGGCCCCUUGCUGCCUCUGAGCUUCCCAGAUCGUGUGCCCCCCUGGCCCUCUGUUUUCCCUGCUGCAGACAUUGAUCAGAUUGUGGGGGCCGGCUUUACACCCCAGGAAGCCGGUGAGGCUUUGGAGCAUGCCGGUGGAAAUGCAGACCUUGCCCUCCUCAUUUUGCUAGCCAAGAAUAUAGUCGUUCCUACGUAACCAUGGCAGGAAGACGGCCUGGCUUGCCGGCCUAUACUCCCCCCACC